AUGGGAGACAUGCUGGGCGCCGGCAUGUCGCUGGCCAAGGGCCUGAUGAGCAAGAAGAAGAACAACAAAAAAGGGGGCAUGGCGGGAGGAAUGCUUGGCAUGCUGACGGGUGGCGGCGACCCACCCACGGCAAGGGACCUAGGAACUGUUGGGCCCUAUGUGCACCUGAAAGGAAUCAGGAGUUUACGCAGCCAGGGUUUCCGAGUCUGGGUUCAUCUCUUGGCUCUGUUUUUGCAGCCCUUGACCAUCAUGGGACUUGGGGCUGUGGUGACCGCUGUCCUUGCUAAUGUGGCUCAUGGAUGCUCGCGGGCUUACUAUGAGGACGGCGCCGGCCACUUCUACACCGGGCGCACCAUGGAUUGGCAGGAGCCGACCAAGGCUCAAGUUUGGGCAUUUCCGCAGGGCAUGAAGAGGGACGGGGGAGUCGGUGCCGGCUCGCUUGAGUGGACCUCCAAGUGGAAUUCCGUGGUGACAUCCUUCUACAACGUGGCGUCCGUGGAUGGCAUCAACGAGAAGGGCUUGGUCGGCAGCCUUCUUUACCUGGUCGAGACUGAUUACGGUUCCCAGAAGCGCGGCGAUCAGAAGAAAAUGUCCAUUGGCGCCUGGCUGCAGUACGUUGUCGACAACUUUGCCACUGUUCCAGAAGCCGUCGCCGCACUGCAGACGGAUGACAUCAACAUCAUCUCACCGACUCUUCCCAGUGGAGAGUCUGCCAGCGGACACCUCGCCAUUUCUGAUGCAGCCAAUGGUUCUGCAAUCCUUGAGUACAUAGCUGGGCGCCUGAUAAUCCACCAUGGUUCCCAAUAUAAAGUGAUGACCAACUCGCCGCCAUACGAUCAGCAGCUAGCGCUGACGGCAUACUGGCAGGAGAUUGGUGGGAGCACCUUCCUCCCAGGAACUCAUCGAGCGGCAGACCGCUUCGCACGCUUGAGCUACAACCUUCAUGCUGUUCCCAAGGCGAGCUCGAGCAUUCUUGCCGUGGCCACUGUCUUUUCGCUGAUACGGCACGUGUCCGUGCCACUGGGUGUGUGGCGCAGUGUCGCCGACCACAAUGGAGGCUUUUACUACUUCGAGUCCGUCACAAGUCCCAGCGUCUUCUGGGUGAACUUGAAGAGCGUCGACUUCACAGGAGGAGCGAAGCGCCUACCCUGGCCAGAGGAGGACUUGGCCGGAGAUGUCUCACAAAAGUUUCUGCCUGCCGAGCCCUUUCCGUUCCUCCGCCCGGGCGGGCACGCCAGCCACUCUGACUUGUAA